ACUCAACGUUACUAAUUAUUGUAAUUUAUCAACAAAUGAUGGAACAUAAUAAAUUUUCCUUCCAAUUCCUGCACAGAGGGUUUCGAUUUAUAUUAAAAAUGGCGCAGGGCUAUCGACGAACAUCAAAAUAUGUAAAUGGUUGUCAAUGACAGGAAUUAGAGGAUCCACUCUGUAUUGGGACCUGAAGCAAAGUCUCGGUUUCUUAUAUCACAACGCGCACACUGCUUUUCCGUUUCAUUAUUCGUUUGUCUCUUUCAGUUCUCUUCGGCCGAGGCGGAGCACUCGGAGUUCCAGAAGAGGCAGUUUCCACCAAAACCGUUGUAGCCCGAGUAGCAGAUGAGCGAGACGGCGAUGAGGAACACAACACUGCAGAUGGUGCAAGGCUUGCGUUCGAGGAAGAAGCUGAUUAGGUAUAGGCCCAUGAACAUGACGUGCGUCUGCAGCAGCGCCGGAUUCACAGGCUUCGGAAUCAGCAGCACAGGAAUUAACCACUGCAGGCAAUACAUUCUGGAAAAAGUAAAUAAUUUAGAAUAAUGUUUCAUCAAUUUACAAAAGUGAAUAGACAAGUGGCUUUCUCACUCAAGAUAAGAAUUCAUAAUGCAAAAAAAUUAAAAAUUGCUGAGUAAUUAAAAGUAGAAAUUAUAAUCAAUUUUCUAAUAAGAUUUUACUUGGUUGUCGUCUCAGUUUGGAUUUCACUCCUUGCAAAAAAUUAUCCGAAUUGAAGAAAAAAAGAGUGAGUCAUUCUGAUUGCUCGCGCGAGUACCAACAGACAAUUUAUAAAACAAACAUUGUCAUGAAUAUUUUAUCGCAGCCACUCGAGUGAACUUUCUUUUUUUUUCCGGGCACUGCCAACUAAAAUCAACCUCGGCGGGUGUUUCUCACCUGGUUUCGGACUUUGCUUGAUGUUUCAGAACUUAUCAAAACGAUUCAAGAAUACGUGUCGGCGUCCUUGACGUGCGGCAUUUAGAUUUUGAAGGCGAAAUCAGGCGGACAAGCAAAAUCUCAGCUUCGAUCCAGCAUUGUUUUGUCGGCCAUGUUGAAAAUUGAUAAAAAAAGUGAUUAAAAAAAAAUACUUAGAGCGGAAUGGACGACGAGUGCGCAGACGCGGGAGGCAAAAUUAUUGGCGCGAUGGAAAAAAUUUUCUUCUCGUGCUUAAAUUUCCACGUGCGCUCAUCGAUUUCACGGAUCAUACUUAUUAAAUUACUUAUCAAGCUUUCUUAUGGCCUUCAUAGAGAUACUUUCAACAGUUAAGGAUUAAUUACAGAUUCAGACAAAAAUUAGAAAAAUUUGGUUUUUAUUCCAAUAAAAAACUCACAAAAAACCAUUAAAGAAAAAAAUAUUUUGAACUUUUUGAUUAAAAUUAAAUCUACAAUAAAAAAAUCAAUUUAAAAAUUUUGCCUGAAAAUAGAGGUAGAAAAAAAAGGAAAUUGACAAACUUGUAAAAAACAUUGCUGUCUGUUCCUUAUUUCUGCAGGGGGAUUUCAGCCUGAUAAGAUAUUUUUUGCUUUGCUAAACGUGUGUGUUUUUGCUGCGUGACUCUACUUCCACAGAAAUCAGGCACCUGUUUGAUAUUGAGUGAUUUCCUCCCAUACUUUUUAUUUCGUUGCGUGUGUUGUUCAUAGUCCAAUGACGCCGAGCCGCGCCAGUCGGGCUCUCACUUUCCGGUGAGCAAUUUCAUUGUGCUCGAAUCUCUGCCCCAUUUAUAUUAUUUUGAAAAAUUCCAAUUUUAAUGUCUGUGACGAGUGGAGACAAAAAGCAGUUCGACGGCCGACUCUUGAAGGUGGUGAUUUUGGGCGACAUGGGGGUCGGCAAGACUUGCCUAAUGCGUCGCCUGGUCUACGAUCAGUUCGAUUUGUACGCCUUCCACACAAUCGGCGUCGAGUUUUUGACCAAGGAAAUCGAGGACGAUGACCAUAACUCUUAUACUUUACAAGUAGAUAUUUGGGACACAGCUGGCCAGGAGAAGUUCCGCAGUUUGCGAACACCGUUUUAUAGAGGCGCCGAUUUGUGCAUGCUGACGUACAGUUUGAUCGACAGACACUCAUUCCAGAACUUGUCAUAUUGGAGAAAAGAGUUCCUCUUUCACGCCAGGCCAAAGGAUAAUUUUCCCUUCAUUGUCGUUGGAACAAAGCUUGAUCUGGCUGAUGUUCACACGAGGGACGUUCCUGAAGACUGGGCUGAACUAUGGUGUCAGCAGAAUGCAGUUCAGUUUCACACGGAGACGUCCUCAAAGACGAGUGCCAAUGUCGAAAAGGCCUUUCUUAUGGCCCUGGACGCCUGGAAACGAAGCAACGCCUCUGACCAAUUGGCGAACCUGAGCUUCAGGAAGAUGGAACUUCAGCCCGACGAUUUGGUGCGCAUUGGCGUCAGAAGCCAGAGACGAAAGAUUACCAAAAAAUGCUGCUUUUUUUAAUUAAGACAUAGCAUUUUGUAUUUUUUUAUCUACGA